GCUUGACAUUAGACAAGCAAAUAGAUCUUUUCAAAAGUACCACAAACAAUGAUAUGCUAAGGGAGAACCUUGAAAUGCAUCUGUCCAAGUCGAUCUUCUUCAUCUCAAUUGGUCCUAAUGACUACUUCCUGAAUUAUUUUAAGAAUUCAAGUGAUAUAAGCAAGCUUUUCUCACCAGAUGAGUUUGCCAAAUUCCUUAUAAAUGAGCUUGCCAAACGCUUGCAGAUACUGUAUGAGUUAGGCGCCAGGAAAUUUUUGUUGAAUGGCAUUGGACCCGUAGGAUGCACCCCUGGAAUGAUCAACUCAACUCAACAUGAGGGAGAAUGUGUUGAAUUCAUCAACAAGGUUGUGAACCUCUACAAUGUGGAAUUAUCAACAAAGCUGCUAUGCUUGCAAUCCCAACUUCCUGGUUCUUUAUUCACCCACUCGGAUAACUUCCGGCUUUUCCAAGAUAUGAAAGAAAGCCACGAAACAUACGGUAAUAAUCUGCCUUGUGUUCAUUGUGAUUUUUUUGGAUUUUUCUAUGGUGGUAAAGUCUCUUCUUUUCUUUCUCUUGUAUUACAGGGAUAACAAAUAUAAAUAGCA